AUGAGUCGCUACACAGUCGAAGUCAAGCCGAGAAACGCCUUGUCUAGUAUGCCCAAGCUCGCCAGCUUCAAAGACCAGGCAGCGCCUUCCUGGCUGGGGGGCCGCGUCACGAUCUACGCCCCCAUGGUCAUGCGGGACCCAAAGGAGCCCCAUCGCGUGUCGUCGGCGCUGGAAAAGCUGUUCGAUCUGACGCUAGUGGUCGCCUUGUCGGCCGUGUCGACGCAGUUCGCGACCAACAUCCAGUACGGCGGCGACAUGAGUCACUCGUUCACGAUGUUUUUGAUCUCGUUCUUUACGAUCUGGAACACGUGGUUCCCGUACGUGUGGUUUGCGACAACGUACGACGUGGACGACGUGCUGUACCGCGUCGGGACGUUUGGCGAGAUGGUGGGCAUCCUCAUGAUCUCGGACGGGAUUGCGCACAACAUCACCGAGGUCGUCGUGGGCUACAUCGUGCUGCGCUUCUUUCACGCCGUCUUCUUCCGCCUGCGGGCCGCGUACGAAGACCCGGCUCGCCGCGCGGUGAACGUCAAGCACAGCGUCCUUUCGACACUCGUCAUGGUGUGCUGGUACUUUCAACAGUCGUUUAGUUCAACGUACGCCAGCCAAGUCGUGGGGUUCGCUGUGCUGGCAUGUUGCGACCUGGCCUACCCCUACGUGGCGCAGCGGUCGACGGCCCCCGCCGGACGGACCAAGUACCACGCCCACCACGUGUCGGAUCGGUACAGCGAGUUCACGACCAUGGUGUUCGGCGAGUCGAUCCUGUCGCUGUCCCAUGCGACAGUGUUGAAAUCGGCGACGGCGUUCAACGGCGAGGCCAUCAGCACGUGCAUCGCGAGCAUGGUACUGCUCUUUGUGCUCUGGUGGAUCUACGUGCUCGUGCCGUUUGGCCAGAUCCUGCACGACAACCCCACACUCACGUACGUCGUCGCAUACGGCCACUUUUUCAUCCACGCCCCGCUGGCCGCGUUCGCCUCGGGCAUUUACGUCAUGGGGCUCGCGACGCAAGCGGGGGGAUCUAGCCAUGGUCGCCGGUUGGACGGCGACGAUACAUUGGCCAUUUCAGUGGAUACGGCGGCCUACGUGAUUUCCAUGUCGAUUACCAUGCUAUUCGUGUCGAUUCCGCUGAUUUUGAGCCUGCCGCACAAGAUUUUGCUGCGGAAUGCACUGGCGUCGGUGGUUUUGAACGUGAUUGCAGCGACCGCGCCAGGCCACGUGACUGUGAGCACUCUGAUGUGGUUGUUUUGCAUCCCCGUGGUCGCAGUGCUAGGGAUUGUUCUGAUGACCUACCGAAAGACCGUACCCGGCCUUGGACCCCCAUCCACUGCCGCCGUCGUGGCAGUGGACGGGUGAAAAUGCGACACAGUAACAUGCAGCACGAACGCCAUCAAGGCUCCUACUACCACAAAACCAUCAACUACAAGUACGCAACACCAGCGAUACAACACAAACUUCUUCACAACAUCGUCGCCGAUAUGUAACAAGUGUCGAAAUGUCCAUUUAGUAUGUUACUAACUAUAAAUGGAUGUUUCGGGACAGUCCAUUUAGUACCUACUAUUAAUAAAUGUGAUACCGUACCG